CCGCCCCGAGGCGUGCCCGUCCCUCCCGCACGGCGGCGGCAGCGGCACCGAGUCCUCAGUGCCGGCGCUGGGCGGCAGCUGGUGGGACCGGUACCCGGUACCCGGAGCCGUGCUCGGACGGAGCGGCAGCAGGAGAAGCAGGAGGCGGCGCGAUGCCGGGCAGCGACACGGCGCUGGCCGUGGACAGGACGUACUCGGACCCGGAGCGGCACCGGCGCCGCAAGAUGCGGGUGGAAAGACAUGACAUGAAUACUCUCAGUUUGCCGCUUAACAUUCGCCGUGGAGGCUCUGACACCAAUCUGAACUUCGAUGUACCAGAUGGAGUCCUGGAGUUUCACAAAGUCAAACUCAGUGCAGAUAGCUUGAAACAGAAAAUCCUCAAGGUUACAGAGCAAAUCAAAGUUGAACAAACAGCUCGAGAUGGAAACGUGGCUGAGUACUUGAAACUGGUAAACAGUGCAGACAAGCAACAGGCUGGACGCAUCAAACAAGUCUUUGAGAAAAAGAACCAGAAAUCUGCCCACUCCAUUGCCCAGCUGCAGAAGAAGUUAGAGCAAUACCACAAAAAGCUCAAGGAUAUUGAACAAAAUGGAUCUUCCAAAAGUACUAAGGAUACUUCCAAAGACAAUUUGAAAGAUAUUCAGCACGGAAAGCCUCGUACCUCUGGGCAUGGAACAGAGAGCAACAAGUCGAGCGUGCCAGGCGUAUCCUUGACACCGCCUGUCUUUGUUUUUAGCAAGUCAAGAGAGUUUGCAAAUCUGAUCCGAAACAAGUUUGGUAGUGCAGACAAUAUCGCUCAUCUCAAGAACACCCUGGAGGAAUUUCGGCCAGAAACGAGCUCUAGAACCUAUGGAGGCAGUGCCACCAUUGUUGCCAAACCGAAAUACGUUAGUGAUGAUGAAUGCUCAAGUGGGACUUCUGGCUCAGCAGACAGCAAUGGAAAUACUUCAUUUGGUCCUGCCACAGCAGGUGCCCUGGACAGCCAAGGAAAGCUUUCCAUGAUUUUGGAGGAGCUAAGGGAAAUCAAGGAAACGCAGUCGCAAUUAGCUGAUGACAUAGAGAAUUUAAAAACACAGUUUAAGAGAGACUAUGGCUUUAUUUCUCAAAUGUUACAGGAGGAAAGAUAUAGAUAUGAAAGAUUGGAAGACCAACUAAACGAUCUCACUGAUCUUCAUCAACACGAGACAGCAAACUUGAAACAGGAGUUAGCCAGCAUAGAGGAGAAGGUGGCCUACCAGGCGUAUGAGAGAUCACGAGACGUUCAGGAAGCCUUGGAAUCAUGCCAGACCCGGGUUUCAAAGCUGGAGCUCCAUCAGCAGGAACAGCAAGCACAGCAAACUGAAACAGUUAAUGCCAAAGUGCUCCUGGGGAAAUGUAUAAAUGUUAUCUUGGCCUUCAUGACUGUCAUCUUAGUGUGUGUUUCUACUAUUGCGAAGUUCAUUGCUCCGAUGAUGAAGAGCCGUUUUCAUAUCAUCUGCACUUUCUUUGCAGUGACACUGCUGGCAAUAUUUUGUAAGAACUGGGAUCAUAUCAUUUGUGCCAUAGAAAGGAUGAUUAUACCAAGAUGAAGCUGCUGGUCUAGCUGUUGUUUUUUUCUCUUCCUCUCUGUUUUUAAGUGCUGUGUGUUUACAGUUUCUUUUUUGUCAGUUUAAAUGUGCAGACUGAAUGAAGAAGCCUACAAAGACUCCCAGACUGUAAGGUGUAAAUAUGUAAAUGUGUACCUGUUGGCAGUCAGUGGGCUGUUCAGUCAGGUUGUGUUGAACUGGCCGUGUCUGUGAUAAGCCGCUCUCUUGUGUCAGUCUUCUGCCUUAAGCCAACCGGUUGUCCACUCUACAAGCCUGUGACCACAGAAAUGGUGGGAUGCUAUGGGAGGGAUCCAAGCCAUUGCAAGUGUGAGGUGUUCUUUUCACUGGAGUGAAGUGCAAGGAGUGUGAUCACAAGGAAGCACGUCACAGUGUGUAUCAGUCCUUUCAGAUAAAUCAGUUUCUCUCUGAAUCCAGCUACUGUAAGCCAAACUGUACAGUAUUAAUAAUUCUGGUUUCUAAAUUAAUGUGUAACGAUAUUUGGAGUUUUCAGGACCAGCAAAACCCGUGAUGCUUCUGCUAGUAACCCUGUGCACAAAGAGUUCCUUGUUCAGAAAUCAGACCGCUGAUGACUAAUGACCACAAUUAGCAGUUGUUGUUGUCCCUUAUCACGCUCAAGAAAAACAUGCACGUGGCACAAAGCUUCCAAAGAUGAAGAACUGAAUUAAGUAAGAUCUCCAGGUCACUUCAUAAAGGAGUGAGGGUGCAAGUGUCACUUGUGGGUAUUUUUCUAUGCAGAGAAAAGUCCUCACUUGCUUCAGGCACUGAAAGUGGCAACAGUUAGAUUAGCCUUUGCUAGCAUUGAAUUGUUGGGCUUUCCUGCAGAGCAAAUAUAUACUGGGACUCUGGGUACAGUGGAUUUUUUUCCCUUAUGUCAGAUUAAACAAUGCAGCAGAAGCAUGAGGGAACUGAUCCUUAGGGGAGUUAAACUUCUGUAAAUAGACAAACACUGUGCAGACUCUCUUAACAGACAUUCCUGAAACUAAUGUAUUAUCAUACAAUACCACAACUAGGAGACAGGGAUGGGUUUGUUUUCUUAUUAGAAAUUAUUUUGUUUAGGAACUUGAGUAAAAAAAAAAAUCCCUGAAAUCUGCUUGGCUCUCAGCCAUUGUGUGGAACCAGAUCUUUAAUAAAAAAUCAAGAAACAACAACAGAAUUCUCCUCUGUAUUAAAUGGGAGGGGAGGAAGGGGAUGGGGAAAGGGGGUGUCUCUAGUUAUGUGAUGUUCAGUGUCACGUUUAAAUAACUGUCAUUACGAUUUCUUUUCCAGUUGUAUUUGUUAUGCUGUCUUUACAGAAGGGGUAGAAAGGGAACUGCUUUUACUCAGUCAAUGUAGAAAUUCAGGAAUCUUUAUCCUGAGGAAUAGGGAGGCAAUGGAAGAGCUUUGACAUUUUAUGGCUGCUGGAUUAUCAGUGACUACAGUUACCUUUUGUAUCUUCAGGGAAUGAAAAAAGGACCGAAUUAACUGCAUAAGUAAUGAUAUGACUUGGCAUUUAAAAAAAAAAAAAACAACAAAUUAAAACACUAUAAAGGCCAUUAAAACUUUUUUGUACAUGCAACAGCUCUGAAAAGAUACCAGGAAGGAUGGCACCUGGCCUGCAGGCAUUGGUAAUGGAUCAGAUCAGGCACACCCAUGUUCAUAACCUGGUCCUGCCCAAUCUUCUGAGGAAGGUAUAGUGGAAAGCAGAAGUCCUGCUGCAAGUGGCAUCACAUCAUAAAGCCCAGAUGUACCGGCGGUCUCUGCUGUGGCUGGAAGAAUUAUUAGAUACAUACAUUCUUCCUUAUUUUUUUUGUUUUCCUCUUUGCCUUUACCUCUGUAUUCCCUGAAGAGGAGCAUGUCAAUUGUGUUACACAUAAACCUUCUCUGCCUUAAUUGCUGCACGUGCUCCUGCUGCUGCUUGGUGCAGGAAGGCCUUUCUUCCCACUUCUCUUAACCUGUCUUGGCACUGUACACAGCAGCAGGCCUGCAGCUCCCCCUCCUAAGUAUCUGCACUUGGCCUCCUUUCUCAGCCAGCUGAUGAACUGAGAUUGCCUCCACUGAUGCAGCUCAUAGACUUAUCUUCACAGGAAAGUCUGUUUACAAUUUUAUAUAGAUUAGAAAGAUGAAGAAAGAAGUAGCUCUUUUCUGGCCCUUACAUCACAAGAAAGGAUUUCUUUUUGUGCCCUUUUGAUGUACGUGAGACUUCCUUGGUCUUUACUCUUUCAAUAUUCAUUUUUAAGAAGGCAUAUACUAUAUUUUUAAUUUGUGCUUUUCAUUUCUUUAGAUAACGCACAUGCUUCUAGUCAGCGUCCAUUGCUUUCUGAAGCCAUUUGCUAAAUAACAAAUAAUCCCUAUCACAUUCUGUUCUCAUUUCCCAGACCAUGAGCAUCUCCAUUUGCUCCAAAAAAAAAAAAAAAAAAAGCCCAGCAACAAUUAAAAUAUGAGAGUCCUGGAGGUGAUCCUCAGAAAUGCGUGACUCCUGAUGUUGCUCUUUUGCCUUCCUUAUUACAAUCCGCCUCCUUCUGCUUGGGCUGCUCAAGAAACCACUGUCCAGCAUUUUGUUACAUGGGUUUGUAAGGGUACAUGCAGAAGGAAGUUAUACCAUGCGUUGUUUGUUUUACUUAAAAACUCCUUUGCCUGAUGCACAAUUAGUGUUUAAAGAGAUGAAACUCCCUGUGCUGGUGUAUGUAGUUAAAAAUGAAACACCAGGUAGCCACCGCUUCUUGUAACAAAGGUACUUGGUAUCAGGAGGCAGUUGGUACAUCCUGAGGAUGCAAAGGUUUCUGCUCCAAGGUCAUCCCUUUACAACACUGGAAGAUGUCCUCUGUGCAAAAUGAAGGUAGAACAUAAAAUCAACGGGCCUAUGAAAGAUUGCUCACUGUCCUGAUAAAGUAUCUGGGGCCAAAUUGGAAACAGAAGGGCCUCGCAUUUCCAUAUUGGCUUUAUCUGACAGAGGAUGCAGAAAAAGCUGUAAGCUCUGAGUAAUGUUACUUACGCAAAUUAAACCACCCUAAUGGAUAAACGGGCACAGUGCUUCUCUGGGUUAUUUCCCUGCUGUAUUUAAAUUGGUGGGUGAUGUGACAUGCAUCGAGAAAUCAAGCAAGAUGUGAAGGGCAAAAGACGGGCUGCAGUGUGAGGAGCUCUGCCAAGUUUGUUUCCACCCAAAAGGGAGGGAGGCCUCCCCUCCUGCAUUCACCUGUUUCUUACCUCAUGCUGGUAUGGCUGUGUUUUGCAGAGGACUUUGAUUAACUUCUCAAUCCACUUUCUGUUGGGACAGUGUGAGCUUUUCUGUUCUCCUACAACACGCUAAAUGUCAUCCUUAGUAUACUUACUGCACUUACUCAUUGUCAGUCUCUCAUACACUCCCAUUCUACAAAAAAUUGCCUAUGCCUGAUGCUGCCUGGUAGUCAAUUAUUUCACUUCCCUUUGAUGUCAUUCUCUAAAUGAAAUGUCCUCCAGUUAAUUUGUAAUGCCUGUCCUUAUGGUUUAAUUUCAAAACACCUGUGUUUUGCAGCAUCUCUGAUGCAGGACCAUUGCACGUGGAGCUGGUACCUGCUGUAUAUGGAGGAUCUUUAAAACCCAGUGUUUUUCUUUGAACAAAACCACAAAUGUUUAUCUGGGGACUAGAAACAGAAUAGGCGAAGCCAACUUGCUGUAGGAAAGAUACAAUGACUGGAAGUUGAAGCUAGGCAAAUCCAAUGUAAACAUAGGUUAGUGAUAGCCAAGAGUUAUGAGCUGAUUGUUAGCCACAGAAUAACUUAGGCAAGGACGCAAAUAUUUUAAGCUCAAGUUGAAUGGUGUUGUUCAAGGAGGAAUCAGUCCAGGCUUAUGCUUGAUCCAAAGUCAACUACAUAAACAAAGCUGGUGCUUUCUGGAAAUAAAAUCGAUGAAUGAGAGAGAAUCUGUGAAAACAAACCAAAAUAGGAGCUUGUGGUUCAUUUAGUUGGUGUGGGAUUUUGGAAGCCAAGCCCAUUUCUACUGAGAUAGAGAUAUAUUACUCCUGGAUUCAGUGGUGCAGCAGAAGGUAAACAGAGAUUAACGUAAUUAAACAUUUUAAUUUGGAUAACAGAAUUUAAUCACUUCUCAAAGUCCAGCUAGGAGCUGCAAUCAGGCGAGUUUACUCUCCUCUUUUUUAAUCAAGCAAAUAUCUGUUAAUGGUCUGUGGGUUUUUUUGUGUGUGAUUUUUAAAAUUUUUUUCCCAUUUACCGUCAAGCCAAAAUUUGGCCUUUAAUUACUUAUAUUGUUCCCUUUUAAAAAGCAAUAGAUGAUGAUGAGGGUCUUGUUUUCAAAUGAAGUUUGAAUGGUCUCUGAUGCUGCAUAGAACCCAGGAGAAAGAAUCAAAUCAUUGCACACUGCAGCAGUGAAAGACUAGGAAAAUUCUCAUAUUAGCUAAUGAAGUUGUGUAUUGUCCUUAAAAAAAAAAACACAUGGAGAUGAUGCUGUGUGUAAAGGCUGCAUAAGAACUGUUAAAUGAUCUCGUACAGCUGAUUGGCUUUAUGUGUAGCAUAUGAAGUUACACUGUUGUUGGAAAGUUUUGCACAAAGCCACCCUUCCUUUCUUUUUCUUCUUUUCUUUCCUUUCCCCCACCCCCCAAAAAGCUGUUAAUACUAACCUGUACCAGAAACUGUCUGUUUUAAUAGACUAGAGUGAAUUGUCUCAAUGUGCAAUCUCCAACGUUUCUCACAGUGUAUUCAUUUUGUGCACCACUGUGGAAAGAUGCAACUAUAAAACUGUAUUUUUUGUACAUUUAGUUGUGUAGUCAUGACCGCCUCUAAGGUGCCACUGAUUUUUUUUUAAUAAAACAUAUUUACAUUUAUUUGA